CUGGCCCAACCGAAUACUUAAAUCCCACCCAUUCCAUUUCUCCAAUUUCCCCCACAUCCCUCUUCCACAAACGCCAACUCUUACCACUCUCCAAACAUGGCGGUCAACCUCUCUCCUCAAAACCAGCUGGGCUUUCCCCGCCCGCUGACCCAAAUCGUCAAACGUUCGCUGCUCAUUCACAACCCCAACCCCCAGCCCGUAGCCUUCAAGGUCAAGACGACCGCUCCCAAGCAGUACUGCGUCCGUCCCAACCAGGGCCGCGUUGAGCCUGGCGAGAAUGUUGAAGUGCAGAUCGUGCUGCAGGCCCUUUCAGCUGACCCUCCCCCCCACGCCAAGUGCAAGGACAAGUUCCUCGUGCAGUCGGCAUUCAUUCCUCCUGACGAGGAGAUGCACUCGCUCCCCGAGAUGUGGGCUCAGGUCGAGCGCACUAACAAGGGUUCGAUUCACGAGCAGAAGAUUCGCUGCGCGUACCUCUCCGCCGAGGACGGUGCGAGCAACCCCAACGGUAUCCCCGAGGAGAACGAGGACAGCAUGUCGCCUAUUGACCACAAGAUGGACGAGUCGGGCAUCUACUCUCAUGCCGAGACCGACAUUGGUGGCACGCCCCGUUCCCAGCAGCUUCACUCGACGAACGGCAGCAAGGACCUCCCGUCCACGCCGUCGCACGGUGGCGCUGCCGCUGGCGCCGCGGGUCUUCUCGGUGCUGGUGCCGCUGCCGUUGGUGGAGCUCACGCGCUGAACGCUGGUUCCAGCCCGUCGGCUGGCGCUGGCCAGACUUCGCGCGAGCUUCCCUCCCUCUCGGCUGCCGAUGUCCAAGCUGGCGGCGCUCCCACGAAUGCUGCUCUUGAGCGUUCCCUCAACGCGACGACGAGCGACUCUGAGAAGCUCCGGAUCGUCCUGCAGGAGAAUGACAACCUCAAGCAGCAGAUUGCCGCGCUUCAGAACGCUGCUCCUGCCGCCUCGGGCUUGCGGAAGCGUGGUGGCGCGGGUACAGACGUCGCUGGCGCAGGUAUCAAGACGGCCACUACGACCGCACCGGGGCAGGCUCAGGGCGUCCCUCUCGAGGUGUGCGCAGGUCUUGUGUUCGCUGUCUUUGUUCUCACCUACCUCUUCUUCUGAGCGCGUUUCGUGGCAUCGCCUAGUAGCUACCGAAUACGUAUAGUGGUGGCCGUACAUAGUUCGUGACGAGUGAUGCGUGGCGCUUCUAGCGCUUCUUGGAAGAUUGUCUUAUUUCACGCGAUGAAUAUCAACUUGUCGACA